GUUAUAUAUUAUAUAGACUAAAUAUGGGUAAAGGAAGAGCACCUUGUUGUGAUAAAAGUAAAGUGAAGAAAGGGCCAUGGACUCCUGCUGAAGAUUUGAAGCUUAUUUCUUUCAUUCAAAAAAAUGGCCAUGGCAACUGGCGAUCCCUCCCCAAACAAGCUGGGUUACUGAGGUGUGGAAAGAGUUGCCGUUUGAGGUGGAUUAACUACUUGAGACCUGACGUAAAGCGAGGGAAUUUCACUCCAGAAGAAGAGAACACCAUAAUAAAGCUACAUGACUCUUUGGGGAACAGGUGGUCAAAGAUUGCAUCUUAUUUGCCUGGAAGAACUGAUAACGAGAUUAAAAAUGUGUGGAAUACUCAUUUAAAAAAAAGAGUAGGGAUAUUGAACAAAGAUAUCAAGAUCAAUACUACUACUACACAAGAAGAAUUUGAAACCAACAAUAAGGGCCAAUAUAUAGAUGUUGCUACUAGUUUAGUUGAAGAAGCCACAGCAUCUGCAGCAGGUUCUUGUUCUCCAACUUCUUCCUAUGGAUCAUUAAACCUCUGCAACUUGAGUACUGAUCACGUUCGCGCAGCAGAGGCUUGCGACAACCAAGAUCAGGUGAUUAAUGAAAUACCAUCAGAUUCAGCAGGGACAGAUAUUGAUUUUUGGGACAUGUUGGAUACUGAUUUGAGUCCUGAUUUAGACUACUCCAAAGUACUGGACAUUUACAGCAAUCACUCUGAUCAGUCUCAGCUGCAGGCGCCUCAUUAUACAAAUGAAAGCUCGUCAGAUCAACAUGAUGAAUGUCAAAAGUGGUUGAGAUACCUGGAAAUUGAACUUGGACUAACUCAAACUAGUACUACUACAUAUACUGGAGCUAAUUAUUAUGAAUGUUGCGACGGUUUUACCACACAAGACCAAAAUAACACCAUGCAAGUUUAGGCUUCAGCUAGGCCUUUUUCACCUCCAUUUAUACAUCAAUAGUAUCUAUUACUCCUACUAUACUAAUUACUAGCCCAGGUAAUAAAAAGACUGUAUAGUAGUAGUAGUAUUUUGCAUCUAGAACUAAGACUCGCUUGUCUUCUUACCUAGAAAUAAAGGGAUGCUUGUUAAUCCA